ACCCAUAAUGCUUUCGUCUUGAGCUGAGUGAGAGAUCGUAUAGCUCUGCAGACUUGCAGAGAAAAGCAUGGAAUGAAGAACAAAGUAUGCCUUCUUCUAUCAAGUUAUGUAAAGAACACUUUGUGGACAAGACCUGCACAGAGAGCAAAAGACGUACAAGGACAGUUUAAGAACAGAUUGCCAUACUACUCCUAUAUUUUGAUGUUUCAUGCUCAGUCUCAAGAUUCCUGAAGGCAUGGAUGCUUACCAUGACUAGUGAUCUAUGGCACCUUCCAAGCAUACCUGUUCUCCGUUAUCUGCAGUUCUUCAUUGAAUAAGUUCAUUGUUUCUUCUUUCUAUACGAUUCCUCCUGCAUUGCAUCUCUAUGGCUCUUAGUUGGAUAACAGGAUUUGUCACAGGCUUGGCAGCUCUCCAUUUCCUACAGAAGAGAUUCUUCCCGUACUUCUGGCUUGAUCUGAGAUACCUGUUCAAAGUAAUCCGCUAUGGGCUUCAGAUUGAGACCUAUAAAAGGAUGGGUCAUGUAGUGAGUGUUAUAGAUCGCUUUGUGCAGCAAGCCCAGCGCAUACCUGAUAAGGCUUUUAUAAUCUACCAUGGACAAGUCCACACGUAUGGGGAAAUGGAUAGGAGAAGCAAUAGAGUGGCCAACGUCUUCAUGAAGUACACAACUCUAAAGAAGGGUGACACUGCGGCCGUGCUUAUGAACAAUGAACCAGACUUUAUUAAUGUUUGGUUUGGUUUGGCAAAACUUGGAUGCUUGGUGGGGUUUCUUAACUACAACAUCCGUUCCAGAUCCUUACUGCAUUGCUUUCAUAGCUGUGGAGCCAAGAUCCUUAUUGUGGGAGCAGAUAUGCUUGAAUCAUUGGAAGAAAUCCUACCAAGUCUACAGGAAGACAACAUUUCCGUUUGGAUAAUGGCCGCAGAAACUUCUCUUCCAGGAGUGAAUACUAUCCUAGACAAACUGGACACUGUCACAGAUGAACCCGUGCCCAAAAACUUGCGCUUUGUCAGCAGCAUAAAAGCCUCAACAUUGUUCAUUUUCACAUCAGGAACUACAGGUAUGCCUAAAGCAGCUGUUAUUAGUCAGCUACAAGCAUUGCGAGGGGCUGUUGGCAUAUGGGCAUUUGGAGGCACCCCGGAUGACGUUGUAUACAUCACUCUACCUUUGUAUCAUAGUGCUGCUUCUCUCAUUGGGAUUGGUGGAUGUGUUUAUCUAGGAACAACAUGUGUAUUAAGGAAAAAAUUUUCAGCAAGCCAAUUUUGGGAUGACUGCAAAAAGUAUAAUGUUACAGUGUUCCAAUACAUUGGGGAACUAUGUCGCUAUUUAUGUAAACAACCUGUGAGAGAAGGUGAGAAGAAUCACAAGGUUCGUAUGGCUGUUGGAAAUGGGGUCCGUAGUGACGUAUGGAGAGAAUUCAUCACAAGGUUUGGAGAUAUAAAGAUGUGUGAGCUGUAUGGGGCCACAGAGGGUAACAUUUGUUUCAUGAACCACACUGGAAAAAUUGGAUCUGUUGGCCGCAGCAAUUUCUUUUACAAGCUUGUCUUUCCUUUUGAACUCAUUAAAUAUGACAUUCAAAAAGAUGAACCUAUAAAAAACAAUGACGGCUGGUGCGAAAGAGUGAAAAAAGGUGAAACUGGACUUCUGAUAUCCAAGGUGAAUAAUGCAAAUCCUUUUUUUGGUUAUGCCGGAAAUAAAAAACACACAACCAAGAAACUGUUGUGCGAUGUAUUCAAGAAAGGAGAUAUUUAUUUCAACACUGGAGAUUUGAUGGCUCAAGAUCAAGAUAAUUUUCUUUACUUUCGUGACAGAAUUGGAGAUACUUUUAGAUGGAAAGGAGAAAAUGUGGCCACAACUGAAGUCUCUGAUACAAUUGGAAUGCUGGAUUUCAUACAAGAAGCCAAUGUCUAUGGAGUCAGCGUACCAGAUAAUGAGGGAAAAGUGGGAAUGGCAUCAAUUAUUCUGAAGCCUGACAUGUCUUUACAGUUGAAUAGCAUCUAUGAGCAUAUUACCAGCUACCUACCUGGAUAUGCGUAUCCACGAUUCUUAAGACUACAGGAAAACAUGGAAGUUACUGGAACAUUCAAACAACAAAAAUUCCGUCUUGUAGAACAAGGAUUUGACCCAUCAAUAAUAUCAGAUCCACUUUACUACCUUGAUGAUUCUCAAAAGUCUUAUGUGCCAAUGACCAAAGACAUUUAUGAUAAAAUCACAAGUGGUCUGAUAAAACUAUGAUUUUCCUUUUAAAUGUCGACUCCAUUCAAGUAUAAUAUUUCUUCCAGCUGAAAUACUGAAACUGUGAUAUUUUAACUUGCUUCAAAUGUUUACUUGACUUGUAUGGUUAUUGCUAAAAUAAGGGGUAGGUAUUUUGUUCUUACAGAUUGUUUUUAUGUAUAGAAUGAAAUAUUUCCAAUUCUGUGUAUGACAUUACUACUACGUCCUUCACAAUGUGCAGAGACUUACUAAACAUAUUGUUACCUUUAUUUCAUGUAUAAUUUUAUAACAAAGAAAAAUAUGGACAAUAGUAUUCAUGAUGCAGAACUUUCCUGUAUCUCCUCAUCAUUUCCUUACAAGACGACUGUCAAUUUAUUCAUGUAUUGUAAUUCUGUAGGAAUAGGAGGAAUGGCAGCUAUUAGGGCUUGACUCACUGGGGACUGUUCUAGGUUCUUAGUCAAUCUUCAUGUCUUGGAAAUUGUGACUGAAUAGUAGGAAACAAGAGGCCAGAAGACUUGGUAGGCCUGUCACAUACCGUAUAUACUCGAGUAUAAGCCGACCCGAAUAUAAGAUGAGGCCCCUAAUUUCACCCCAAAAACCCAGGAAAAGUUAUUGACUCGAGUAUAAGCCUAGGGUGGGAAAUACAUCAUCCCUCCCCAUGUCAUCAUCCAGACCCCCGUUAUCAUACAGACCCCCAUCAUCAUCCCCCUCCUUCAUCAUCCCCGCCUGUCAAUCCCUUCAUUAGUGGUCUUCAACCUGCGGACCUCCAGAUGUUGCAAAACUACAAAUCCCAGCAUGCCCGGACAGCCAUCGGUUGAAGACCACUGGGCCUUCGUCAUCAUCCAGACCCCCCCCCUUUAGUUUUCUACUCACCUUCCCUCGGUGGG